GCCUCGAUCGCGUAAAGAAGGUAUAGGCCGGUCGCACACGAACACGAGGGCCCCGGCAUGCGAAGCGCGCGCGCACCGGCCCGCUGACGCGCAGGAAUGGCAGCGCGCCGCGCAGUCGCCGCGCACACAAUCUGUGAUACACUUAAUUAACUUAAUUUCGUACUAGCAGUAGUAGACAUAUUUUUAGGAAACUAAUACGUCCGUGCUAAAGACUUCGAGAGACAGUGUUUAGUGUGAAACCGCCCAUAUGAUCGUCCCGAUGGCAGCGUAUGCGCAAUUUGGCUAUUCAUACCCGCCCGCCUCGCAGUUGCUCGUGGGCAGCAGCGGGGCGGGCACCGGCGGCGCGGCUACCUCGCCGGACGGGGGUUCGAGUUCGGCGCCACCACUGUCGCCGGGUGGCUCAGCCGUUGCUGGCGGCGCGCUGUCGCCAGGCGCCGGUAGCCACGCCAGCACCCCGGCCGCCUCCUGCUGCGACACGCCGCGCCCCAUCAUCACAGACCCGGUCUCUGGCCAGACAGUCUGCUCCUGCCAAUACGACGGAGCAAGACUCGCCCUCACUUCCUACCCCCGCCUAUCAAGUGCCGCGGUCGGUGUUUAUGGAACACCAUAUCCAUCGACAGAUCAAAAUCCUUACCCCAGCAUUGGUGUUGACAGCUCAGCAUUCUACUCACCGCUGAGUAACCCUUACGCGCUCAAGGAGGGCGGCGGCGAGAUGUCUGCGUGGACGUCGGCUGGCCUUCAACCCUCAGGCGGCUACUACCCCUACGACCCUACACUCGCAGCCUACGGAUAUGGAGCCGGGUACGAUUUAGCUGCGAGACGGAAAAACGCGACACGGGAGUCAACGGCGACACUCAAGGCGUGGCUGAACGAGCACAAGAAGAACCCGUACCCUACGAAGGGCGAGAAGAUAAUGUUGGCGAUCAUCACCAAGAUGACGCUGACGCAGGUGUCGACGUGGUUCGCGAAUGCGCGUCGCCGGCUCAAGAAGGAAAACAAGAUGACGUGGGAGCCCAAGAAUAAAACGGACGACGAUGACGACACAAUGCUCUCUGACGAGGAGAAAGACAAAGAUGAACAGGAGGAGAAAAUAAAAACUCACAAAGAUGAGGAGCGAAAAGGAGACGAGAUGCUGCAGGGCAUGCACCACCAAAUGUUGGGCUACGGAAUAAAGGAAGAGUCGAAGCGAGGCUCAUCUGACUGUGGUGUGCCAAUACCUGCUUCUAAACCGAAGAUAUGGUCUCUAGCUGACACAGCAGCAUGCAAAACACCGCCACCCGCGGCACAGCCAUGGCCGCAACAUGCUUAUGGGCCGCCGGAGCGUGCAGCGCCCUCCGAUGGCGGCUCCAAUGGUUUCGCUUUGCCGGCGACAGCCGCUGCGAGUCCGGCUAGUGGUUCUUACGGGAGGUACGGUGGUUUCGCCGGUGGGCAAUAUGGUGGGCAGCAUCCCUGCGUGCAUCCAGCAUCGUUCCCUGACGUGCAAACCGAUACACCACCUCAGACACCCCCUAAUAUGAAGGUUCCCAGCGUCGCCAACCCACUUGGCAGCGGUGGUGGUUCCGGCUACUGCUUCCCUCGGCAUCAGCAGUCACCUCAACGUGAUCCCUACCACAACCCACACCACGCUGCUAACAGCCACCAGCCUAACCAACCGCAUCACAACGAGGGAUCAGCAGCAUUCAAGCCUUUCUAUAAAAGCUCGCUCCACCACCCCCACGGUUUCGUGCCGGCCGUCUGAAAGCAGACCGCGCGCCAAUAGCGGUAAAGCAUGUGAAACCUGGGUCGCUGCACUACCCGUCUGCUACUAGGGACUGUCAGAUUAUCACAGUGGCACAGUGUUUCAGUUCUACGUUAAGAUCAACACGACUAUAGUUAAUGGCCUCGGACUGGUUAGACAACUAGGUCUAAAGACCACUUUGUAAAAUUUAUAUAAUUUGGUAAAUACAUUUAUUUGUAUAUCACAUAGUGUAAUUUGAAAAUUCCUGAACUAUAUGCACAGAACAUACAAACUCUAAUGUGUUCCGUUAAGUACUUAAUUUUUUUAAUGUGGUUAUCUGUCUAUGGUUGUCACUUGUCACUAAGUACUUAUCGAAUGAAUCAUUGUAUGAAAUCGACGUUGCUCAGUAUUUUUAUAGACUUAAGAAUAUUAUGGAAAUAAUAUCCAAAUUAUUUAUAGAUACAUGGAAAGCGCAAUUUUGUGUAAUGAAAUUAAAACUAGCCUAUAUUGGUUUUAGUGAAUUAUUGUAAAUUUAUUAUUAAUUCCAUGACUGGAAUGUUCUACAUAAAAUAAGGGAUCUUAUAAUUAUGUUUUGCUUAGUUCUUCCAAACUUAUGUUUAUGACUUAAAUUUACUUGUGGAGCAAUAAGUUAUUCGUUAGUACAGGUGCCAGACUUAACUUUGUUUAGAUGUAAGCGUAAUUGUACAUUGAGAGUGUAGACAAUGAGGGGUGGUUAGGUUUGGUAUCAUACCCAACUACACAAACUAUUGUUUAAUUUUGUUAAUAACUAGAUAAAUAGUCGAUAAACAAUCGUCGAUUUGGUUAUUGUUGUUGUCCUUGUACAUAUAAAAUGUUUUGUAGAUUUUCUAUUUUAGUUUGUCGAGAUGUGUACAAAGUAAUUAGUAUGAUUUCACCACGUUCGAUGUUGUCGACGAAUAUUUCGAUGAUAAAACUUAUAAAUAUUGUUUAAAAGUAUUAUUAGUAUACAAUGUACAUAAAAUAUUCUGAUUUUUUUUUUUAUUUUUGAAACGGUCGCAGUCACUUUUCUAAUGCAACCUUUUCGUGACAUUCUCUGGAAUGAACCAAUCGAGUCAAAUUAUAGUCAUGUGGGUAAAUAUCAAAACGGAUAAUGUUUCUGAAUCUGUUGUAAUUAACGGAGCUGCCGUUCGAUAUGUUUAGAAAAUUCGAAGCUAAUAAAUUACGUUUUCAUCUAAAAAUGUGGCCUUCAUUGGGUCAUUUUGAUUUGAUGUAUAUUUUGUUUUAUAAUUAGUGCUAGAUGCAGGCUGAUUGUAUCCAACGCCCAGCGGUUGUGUCAGUAUCUAGCAUUAAAUGAUUGGAGCUGUGAAUAUCUAAGACGUGUUUCUAAAAAUUUUGUAACGAAGGCAAACAUACAUCGAUCAGUAAUAUAAGAUAAUUUAUUAAGCAUUUUACAUAGACAUUAUUUCCCACAUUAUCAAAAGAUAUAACAUUUUCUCAGGUCACAAAUUAAAAUUUAAUGGCAAUAGUUUUGAGGCUUGUUAAAUAAAGAUAAAUCAUCUGUAUUAAGAACAUAGAUGAAGAAAAUUUCAAUGUGACCAAAUCGAAUACAUUCGCUUAAUAUUAAAUGUUCUAUAUAGAUAUUUAUAGAAUAUAUACCUAUUAAUUAUUAUUAUUAUGAGUAAAAUUAUGUAACGAUUGUAAUUAAAUCUUUAUUUCAAUGGUG